AAGAAUAAUCGCUGAUGAACGAACAGCCGAAGGAGCCGAAGGAAGCGUUGAAGCCGUAGCAAAUUUGUUGAGAUCGGAAGAAAUCAGGCGCUGCAUUUAGGUCAAGGUCUUGAAGACCAAGAUUUCCAAGAUGCCUUCAUUUUGCGCGGCUAACGGCUGCAAUUCUAGGCACGAAAAAGGAGGAGAUGUGUCGUUCCACUCCUUCCCGCACAGAAGACCUGAAGUGAUGUCGCAGUGGCUCCUUGCCAUGGGACGUCUCAAUAUGAAGCCCAAGGUCCACCACAAGAUCUGUUCGAAGCACUUUGUGAAGAGCUGCUUCUUUGCAGGCAUGGAUCGGCCAUGCCUCCGGCCUGACGCCAUCCCGACCCUCUUCAACCGCACCCAGGCAAAGACAAAGCUCUCGGUAAGGAAGCUGCCACAGAUCUCAAGAGCCAGAUCAUCACCUGACCGGGGCGAGAAACCAAAUGGUACGACUGCAACCAAUGAGACGCAGGAAGGUAGCUUUGCGAUUGGUUGCCAUUCAGUGCUGAAAAGCGCAGUGGGUACCAGAAGGAAGUCGGCAACCAGUAGCAAGGCAUGUCCUAAAGGUUGUGCACUUCUUGGAGGUACAGAAGCCCAAAGAAAUGUGACUGCAAAUGAAGAACUACCAGCAAGUGCUAAACCACCGACACAGAGUAAAAUAGUCAACACAAAGGUGGCUACCAAGACCAGAAUGGAUUUGAAAAAAUUUCUGUGUUUGAAUACAACAAAAGGCCAGUCGGUUACUGUGCCUGUCAGAAAAAUAACUGUCAGGUGUGAGUUGCCUGUCAACGAUGAAUUAGCAGCUUGCAACAUCUCCACAGUGCCGAAACAGUUGCCAGUAAUGAACGUUAAAAAUGAGGGUGCAGCAACUGGAAAUAUUGACCUAGAUAAUUCUGUUCUCGGUGACAGGUCGAAAAGAUCGCUACUGCGGAAGAAGGAAGCUGAAGUGAGCGAUUGCAUGCCACUUAAGAAACGUCCACUACAGGAUACCCUUCAAGGUACUGUUGCACCGCAAGAAUCUCCGGAAACAGACUCUGGCAUGCCAUGUUCGGACGAGGCAUCACUUGCUUCGGCGUCCUUGUCUGGAGUGGUUCAGGAGAGCAAUGGCACGGUGAACAGGCUGCUCGACUCUGGCUCAUCGCAGUUCCCCACGACUGCCGCCGAGGCACUCUUUCUGCACACAUACUGUGGCGACGAGACGACGUCCCCACACCUGUCCAAGGUUGCCAGGGAAUUGCAAGAGGCAAAGCAAAAGCUGUACGCAGCCGACCGCAGGCUGAGGAGGAGAGACCAGACGAUUCGCCAACAGCGGACGACCAUCGACGAACUCGAGAGGCAAGUCUCCCUGCUGAAAUCAUUGGAGGGAUUCCGGGUGUCGAACUGCCUCCCGACAGACCUGAUUCGUGAUUGGCACGAGAACGCGAGCCGCGUGUCGUACGGCCACAGGUAUCGACCGAUGACGCUUGAGUUUGCAUCUGGUUUGCACGCCUGUUCGCCUCGUGCUUACAGGUUCGUCGGGAAGUGGUUGCCCAUGCCUUCAAUGCAGCUAGUGCGUAAGCAUGGGGUUGAGACUGCAGUUCCUGGCGUCUUUUGCGCGUCGUCGGAGAACCUCGAGAGUUUUGAUGAAGGCUGUGAGACUCGAGUGAGCGAAACACAACAGGCCUUGGCUGCAUUAGGGGCCAGCGUUACUGCGGGGUCAGUGGUCGAUGUGGAGGUGGUGGGGCGAGACGACGUGUUGCUGUCGCAUUGAGAAACAUGACACAGGUGUCCCGAGGUGCGGCUUUGCGUGCAGUGACUUGCCUGACGACAGAAGUGACACGACGUUGCAGGUUGUAUGUGCGUGUAAAUAACAAAAGUUAUCAUCAGUCA